UUUUUAUAAGAAAAGACUUGUAUGACUCCAGCAGUUAUAUGACGUAGAAGGUUAGGUGGCAACGUCGCUUAGCGGAACAAGACAUGUGUCAAAGUUGUGUGAGUACGUGCGACCACAAAUCAUGGCAAACAGAGAACAAUCCCGAUAUAAAGGGAAAUUUUGCAAAAAAAAAAUUUUGUUGCAGCGAGAAAACAUCAUUGAGAGCAACAAGAAGAGGAAUAGAAAAAAAAAUGAAGCAAUGAAAGGUUGUCGGAUAAUCGAUGCUGAAUCGUUUGCAAAGGAUAUGUGGUGCAAAGAUUGUAAAGUACCUUUGUCACUCCGAGAUACCCAAGAAGAAAAAAAAAGUGCACUUUCAAGUAUUAUCACCGUAAAGUGUUGGUCUUGUUCUAAGUUAUUCGAAAUUACCACGUCACCGAUGGAACAGUUGUCUACGACAAGACCAACCUACAAUAUCAACUCAAGACUCGUCAUUGGUACCAUCGAAAGUGGAAUUGGUGUGACACAUUUAAACAAAAUUUUAUCGGCAGCUGACCUCCCAAUUUUUCACCCAUCAACAUAUAAGAGAUAUGAAAGAAAAGUCGGUGUAGCGAUAGAGAGUCUCGCAAAAACUAGUUGUCUCGAGAAUAUAAAGAUAGAAAAAGAGUUGACAAUCGAAAAAGAAGGUCUGAAGAAUGCAAGCGAUUGGACACAAAAUUCCAUAGUAGAGUUGACGAUAAGUUACGAUGCAGGUUGGCAAAAAAGAGGAUCGGGUCGAUGUUACAAUAGCACAACAGGUCACGGUACUGCCAUCGGAUUUUAUUCUGGUAAAGUUCUCGGCUACGCAACCCGAAACAAACGUUGCACGGUUUGUGAAUACGCGGAACGAUAUGAAGAAAAUAACAACGUCAUGACAGAAACCAAAAACAAGCAUGACUGUCGAAGGAAUUUCGAAGGAUCUUCUAAAGCCAUGGAGGCGGACAUGGCUCGAGAAAUAUUUAUCGAUAAUCCCGAUUUUAUCGAAGCAAGCGUCAGAUUGGGAACACUAAUUGGUGACGACGACUCGAGUACAAUCGCAACUUUACGCCGUGAAGCUGGAUAUGACAUAAAAAAGUUGAGCGAUAAAAAUCACGCUGUAUCGAAACUCAGCAAAUGUUUGUAUGCUGUACAAUUACCUACCAAUUUGGUGAAGUACUUCAAAUAUUGUUUUUCAUGCGUACUGGUCAAAAAUAAGAAUAAUACUUCAGCGACUAAAGCCGGUUUACUAAACAUCGUCCCUCACGCUUUUGAUUCCCACGAGGAAUGCGGUGAUUGGUGCACAUAUACGAAAGAUCCUAUCAACUAUCGCCACAAACUGCUACCCGGAGGAAAAGGACUCACAGGAGACACUCGUCGACAAAAAUUACAAACUAUUUUUCAAACGUUUGCUAAUAACGCUGAAAAACUGAGCCCGUGCAGUUCAAGUCAAGCGAAUGAAUCUAUGAACAGAACAAUCGUCAGUACCGCUCCCAAACAUUUACAUUAUGGAGGAUCAUCAUCAAAUGAUAUUCGAGUUGCUGCAGCCAUCGUUCAUAAAAACAUUGGGAAUACUUCAAUUGUCGACGUAACGAAUAAAUUGAAGACCCCAUUAUCUGAAUCGUCUUUACGGUAUCGCGUAAAACUAGACGAAAUGGCACAAGAAAGAAAAAGAAAAGCUGAAACGUUGGAAUUUAAAAAACGUCGACGACAAUUGUCAGAUCGAUCCAGUCGAAAAAGGUCGAAAACCAGCACCAAGGAAGGAAUUUGUUAUCAAUCCGGUUGUGGAUUUGAUCUUGGGAUGGAAUUUAUUGACCAACCAAUGGUGUCACUUUUGUCAAAUGCAGUCGAAGAUUUCACAAUUGUUUACUUUGAUUUGGAAACGACAGGAUUUGGCAAAAGCAAAGAAAUUGUUCAAAUAGCUGCAGCGCACGAAUCAGCGACUUUCGACGCAUAUGUGAUGCCUACGAGAGAAAUAUCAGCUCAAGCGAGUGACGUAACAGGCCUUGUAAAACGAUCGAACGUUUUGUAUUUGCACAAUGAACCGGUCAUUUCUUUGACGGAAAUCGAUGCUAUGGAGGGAUUUUUCCAGUUUUUGAAUAAAAUUGAAAAAAAAAUUAUCUUGGUAGCGCACAACUGUUUUUCGUUCGAUAGUGGAGCGCUCAUAGACGUCAUACAACGUUUAGGCUUACUAUCAAAAUUCACACAAUCUGUCAUUGCUUUUGCCGAUACUUUGCCACUCUUCAAAAUAAAAUUAAAAAAUAAGCGUGAUUCAAAAGCGAGUUACAAGCAAAACGUGCUUGCUGAAGAAUAUUUGGGUACCAAUGCUUCAGUAGGUGCACAUAAUGCCGUCAACGAUGUAAAAGUUUUACAACAGUUGGUAACGCAUCCAGCUAUCAAUAUUGAAAAAAAAGAUAUUUUUGAAAAUUCAAAAACAGUCAAUUGCUUAAUUUCGAAAAAAAAUAUUUCCGCGACAGUAUCCUGCUUCAAACGAGAUCUCCAAAUUUUUAACUUAUCGAAUGACAAAGAAAAUGGACGCGUAUCAUCUGGAAUGAUUACGAAAAUAGUUGCUGCCGGAAUAACACUCGAUAAUCUUUUUCAAGUUUAUAAAUCUAGUGGAGAAAAAGGUAUAAAUAUUUUACUUGCUCAAGACAUUGGUGGCAAACCACGCGUUAGUAAAAAUAAAAAAGUAAUAAGCGAUUUAUGCAAAAGAAUAUCUUUUCUAUGUAGAAAGUGAUAAGUGCAUAUCGUUAAAACAAACUGCGUAGAAUAUGUUGUACUGUACCUGUACUACACUAUAUCUUUACUCUAUAACUAUUGUUGAAUAAAUGAAAAAUUAGUUUUUCUUGUGAAAUUAA